AAGUGGACUGACAGAACUUCAACAGUGCGGGCACCAGUCUGUGCAUUUUUUCGUUAACUUUGACAGGACUAUAUCAUGAAUUUAUUACAGAUAUGAAACGUUUUUAUACCUAGCUACUAUUAGCUAAUGAAAAUAGUAAGGCGCGUCUUCGCGUGUGCAUUGUUUUGACGAAGCACCACGCUAACCUAGUAUUGCGCAGUGUGUGCAUAGCAUAAAAAAAACAUCCGACACAAUAGCAGAUUGAAUUCUGGAAUAAGUUCCUUUCAUCAACUUUUCUCCGCAACAAAAUGGUUUGGCAAAACAGUGGGAGGUACAGGACAGACAGAGGACAAGGUACAGACCAGGAUAACCAACAAGACGAUGCCUCCUCCAUGUCCGCCGUCAAGCGGCUGGAGCGCAGCCAGUUCACGGACGAGAUGGACACGCGCUUCGGCUUCGAACGGAUGAAGGAGCCAGGGGAGAAGACGGGCUGGCUCAUCAACAUGCACCCGACUGAAAUCCUAGACGAUGACAAGAGGAUGAUCAGUGCUGUGGACUAUUAUUUCAUUCAGGAAGAUGGCAGCAGGUUCAAGGUGGCACUCCCAUUUAAGCCUUACUUUUACAUCGCCACAAAAAGGAAUUGCGAUAGGGAAGUCAUAUCCUUCCUAUCCAAGAAAUUCCAGGGAAAAGUGGCCAAGCUGGAAAUCAUUCCGAAAGAAGAUUUGGACCUGCCCAACCAUUUGGUAGGCCUGAAGAGGAGCUACAUCAAGCUCUCCUUCAACACGGUGGACGACCUGAUGAAGGUGAAGCGGGAGAUCUCCCCGGCCGUGCGCAAGAACCGGGAGAGGGAGAAGUCCAACGACACCUACACGGCCAUGCUGUCCAGUGCUCUUGCUGGGGGAAACGUUAUUGCGGCAGAGGAGGACGGCUCCUCCAAGAAAAUGUCCAACCAGAUGGACAACAUCGUGGACAUGAGAGAGUACGACGUUCCUUACCACGUCCGUCUCUCCAUCGACCUCAAGAUCCACGUGGCCCACUGGUACAACGUCCGGUAUCGAGGCAGUGUUUACCCGCCUGAAAUCGUGAGGCGCGAUGACCUCGUUGAGAGACCAGAUCCUGUCGUGUUGGCCUUUGACAUUGAGACAACCAAGCUGCCCCUGAAGUUCCCCGACGCCGAGACCGACCAAAUCAUGAUGAUAUCGUACAUGAUCGAUGGGCAGGGCUACCUCAUCACCAACCGAGAGAUCGUGUCGGAGGACAUCGAGGACUUUGAGUUCACCCCCAAACCGGAGUAUGAGGGACCCUUCACGGUGUUUAAUGAACCAGAUGAGGCCGCUCUCAUCCAGAGGUGGUUUGAGCACGUCCACGAGACCAGACCCAACAUCUUCGUUACCUACAACGGGGACUUCUUCGAUUGGCCCUUUGUGGAGACGCGGGCUGCCCAGCAUGGGCUGAACAUGUACCAGGAGAUCGGCUUCCAGAAGGACAGCCAGGGAGAGUACAAGGCCAGCCAGGCCAUCCACAUGGACUGCCUCCGGUGGGUGAAACGGGACAGUUACCUGCCGGUGGGGAGCCACAACCUGAAGGCCGCGGCUAAAGCGAAGCUCAGCUACGACCCCGUGGAGCUGGACCCCGAGGAGAUGUGUCGCAUGGCCACGGAGGAACCACAGACUCUAGCCACCUAUUCUGUGUCGGACGCCGUGGCCACCUACUACCUGUACAUGAAGUACGUUCACCCGUUCAUCUUCGCCCUCUGCACCAUCAUCCCCAUGGAGCCUGAUGAGGUGCUGCGGAAGGGAUCCGGGACCCUCUGCGAGGCUCUGCUCAUGGUGCAGGCCUUCCACGCCAACAUCAUCUUCCCCAACAAGCAGGAGCAGGUCUUCAACAAGCUGACGGACGACGGUCACGUGCUCGACACCGAGACCUACGUGGGGGGCCAUGUGGAGGCUUUGGAGUCCGGCGUUUUCCGCAGCGACAUUCCCUGUCGCUUCAAAAUGAACCCAGCCGCGUUCGACUUCCUGCUGCAGAGGGUGGAGAGAACGCUUCGCCACGCCAUCGAGGAGGAAGAGCAGAUCCCCCUCGAGCAAGUCCUCAACUUCAACGAGGUCUGCGAGGAGAUAAAGAAGAAGCUGAUUUCUCUGAAGGAGGUUCCCAACCGGAUUGAGUGUCCUCUCAUCUACCAUCUGGAUGUGGGGGCGAUGUACCCCAACAUCAUCCUCACCAACCGCCUGCAGCCCUCUGCCAUCGUGAACGAGGCGGUCUGUGCAGCCUGCGACUUCAACAAACCAGGGGCCAACUGCCAGAGGAAGAUGAACUGGCAGUGGAGAGGGGAAAUCAUGCCGGCCAGCCGCAGCGAGUUCCACCGCAUCCAGCAGCAGCUCGAGUCGGAGAAGUUCCCCCCGCUGUUCCCCAACGGGCCCCCGCGCGCCUUCCACGAGCUGAACCGCGAGGAGCAGGCGCGGCACGAGAAGAAGAGGCUGGCGGAUUACUGCAGGAGGGCCUACAAGAAGGUGCACCAGACCAGGCUGGAGGAGAGGGUGACCACCAUCUGCCAGCGGGAGAACUCCUUCUACGUGGACACCGUGCGCGCCUUCCGUGACCGGCGCUACGAGUUCAAGGGCCUGCACAAGGUGUGGAAGAAGAAGCUGAGCACCGCGCAGGACGCCGGCGACGCUGCCGAGGUCAAGCGCUGCAAGAACAUGGAGAUCCUCUACGAGUCUCUGCAGCUGGCCCACAAGUGCAUCCUCAACUCCUUCUACGGCUACGUCAUGCGCAAAGGGGCGCGCUGGUAUUCCAUGGAGAUGGCUGGGAUCGUGUGCUACACUGGGGCUCUCAUCAUCACGCAGGCCAGGGAACUCAUCGAGCAGAUCGGGAGACCUCUCGAGCUGGACACUGACGGAAUCUGGUGUGUCCUGCCCAACACCUUCCCUGAGAAUUUCGUCAUUAAGUCGAGCAACGAGAAGAAGCCCAAGGUGACCAUCUCGUACCCCGGUGCCAUGCUGAACAUCAUGGUGAAGGAGGGCUUCACCAAUCACCAGUACCAGGAGCUGGUGGACCCGGCCUCGCUCACCUACGAGACGCGGGCGGAGAACAGCAUCUUCUUCGAGGUGGACGGGCCUUACCUGGCCAUGAUCCUGCCCGCCUCCAAAGAGGAGGGAAAGAAGCUGAAGAAGAGGUACGCGGUGUUUAACGAGGACGGCUCGCUGGCCGAGCUGAAGGGCUUCGAGGUGAAGCGCCGCGGGGAGCUGCAGCUCAUUAAGAUCUUCCAGUCGUCCGUGUUCGAGGCCUUCCUCAAGGGCACCACGCUGGACGAGGUCUACGCCUCCGUGGCCAAGGUCGCCGACUACUGGCUGGACGUGCUCUACAGCAAGGCGGCCAACAUGCCGGACGCCGAGCUGUUCGAGCUGAUCUCGGAGAACCGCUCCAUGUCGCGCAGGCUGGAGGACUACGGGGAGCAGAAGUCCACGUCCAUCAGCACCGCCAAGCGGCUGGCCGAGUUCCUCGGGGACCAGAUGGUGAAGGACGCCGGGCUCAGCUGCCGCUACGUCAUCUCCCGCAAGCCUGAGGGCUCGCCCGUCACAGAGAGGGCCAUCCCCCUGGCCAUCUUCCAGGCAGAGUCCAGCGUGAAGAAGCACUUCCUGCGCAAAUGGCUGAAGAUGCCCAGCCUUCACGACCUGGACAUUCGCACAAUCCUGGACUGGAACUACUACAUCGAGCGACUGGGCAGCGCCAUUCAGAAGAUCAUCACCAUCCCGGCCGCCCUGCAGCAGGUGAAGAACCCCGUGCCUAGAGUUCGCCACCCGGACUGGCUGCACAAGAAGCUUCUGGAAAAGAACGACAUCUACAAGCAGAAGAAGAUCAGCGAGCUCUUCUCCAGCGAGGGCAAGAGACAGGUGGCCUCUCUUCAGCCAGGGGCCGACGGCAGCCAGAGCUUGGAGCCGGGGGCCGUGCCGGACCUGGAGGAUUUCGGGGUCCCCCAGCGCCCCCUGCAGCCGGCCGUCCCCAUCAGCACCAAACGCAAGCGCGUGUCCCAGGGGCCCGAGAGCCAGGCGGAGUCCCAGGACCUGGAGCUCAGCCAGUCCUGGAGGGAGAUCCUGGGCCCGCCCCCGCCCUCCGGAAACACACGGGCGGAGAGGCUGGUCUGGCUGCGCUACCACAAGAAGAAGUGGGAGCUGCAGCUGAGGCAGAGGAAGGAGCGGAGGAAGAGGAGGAAGCUCCUGGACGGGGAGGUGCAGCAGGCGGGCGGCGGGGUGAUCCGGGGGGGCUCCACCUCCGGCCUGGGCGGCUUCCUGCGCCGCACCGCCCGCAGCGUCCUGGACAUGCCCUGGCAGAUCGUACAGAUAGCGGAGACGGGACAGCCGGGUCUGUACAAGCUGUGGGCGGUGAUUGGCAGCGACCUGCACUGCAUGAAGCUCAGCAUCCCCCGGGUCUUCUACGUCAACCAGAAGGUCCCCAAGCAGGACGAGGGAGCCAAUUACAAAAAGGUGAACAGGAUGUUGCCGCGCUCCAACAUGGUGUACUUCCUGUACCAGUACUCCGUACCGGAAGACAUGUAUCAGGAGCACAUCAACGAGAUCAACGCAGACCUGUCUGCCCCCGACAUCGAGGGCGUCUACGAGACUCAGGUCCCCCUGCUGUUCCGCGCCCUGGUGCAGCUGGGCUGUCUCUGCAUGGUGAAUAAGCAGGUGGUGCGUGACCUGGGGGGGCGGGAGGCCGACACCUUUGAUCUGCAGCACCUGGACAUGAGGUCACUGGCCCAGUUCAGCUACCUGGAGCCCGGUAGCAUACGUCACAUCUACCUGUACCACCACAGCCAGGGGCACAAGGCCCUGUUUGGCCUGUUCAUCCCGUCGCAGCGCAAAGCCAGCGUCUUCGUCCUGGACACGGUGCGCAGUAACCAGAUGCCCAGCCUGAACGCGCUGUACGGGGCCGAGCGCACCGCCCUCCUGGAGAAGACCAGCGAGGAGCUGCUGCCCCCGGAGAAGCACGUGUUCGAGGUGCGGGCGGAGAGCGAGGCCAAGGCCGUGUACCGCGCCCUCCAGCGCACGCUGCUCAACUACAAGGAGGAGCGCAGGGGCCCCACCCUGAUCGCGGUGCAGUCUAACUGGGACGUGCGGAGGCUGGCGGCGGGAAUGCCCCUGCUGGAGGAGUUCCCCGUGGUGCCCGUCCACGUGACCGACGACAUCAGCUACAGCGUGCUGGACUGGCAGAGGCACGGCGCCCGGCGCAUGAUCCGCCACUACCUCAACCUGGACAGCUGCCUGUCUCAGGCCUUCGACAUGGCCAGGUACUACCACCUCCCCGUGGGGAACCUUCCGGAGGACGUGUCCAUAUUCGGCUCGGACCUGUUCCUGGCGCGUCACCUGCGCAAGCACAACCACCUGCUGUGGCUGUCCCCCACGGCGCGGCCCGACCUGGGCGGCAAGGAGGCGGACGACAGCCGGCUGGUGAUGGAGAGCGACGACCGGGGGUCCGUGGAGAUCAACGCGCCGGGGUGCUACUCCACAGUGUGUGUGGAGCUGGACCUCCAGAGCUUGGCGGUAAACACCAUCCUGCAGUCCCAGCACGUCAACGACAUGGAGGGCGGGGCCAGCCUGGGCGUGAGCUUCGACGUGAUCCAGCAGGCCUCUCUGGAGGACAUGAUGUCGGGGAACCAGGGGGCGAGCGCGGUGGCCAGCUACGACGAGACCGCCCUGUGCUCCAACACCUUCAGGAUCCUGAAGAGCAUGGUGGUGGGCUGGGUGAAGGAGAUCACGCAGUUCCACAACGUCUACGCCGACAACCAGGUGAUGCACUUCUACCGCUGGCUGCGGUCCCCCGGCUCCCUGCUGUACGACCCCGCCCUGCACCGCACCCUGCACAACAUGAUGAAGAAGGUCUUUCUGCAGCUCGUGGCCGAGUUCAAGCGCCUGGGGUCGUCGGUCGUCUACGGCAACUUCAACCGCAUCAUCCUGAGCACCAAGAAGAGGCGGAUCGAGGACGCCGUCGCCUACGUGGAGUACAUCACCAACAGCAUCCACUCCCGGGAGAUCUUCCACUCUCUCUCCAUGUCCUUCUCCCAGUGCUGGGAGUUCCUGUUGUGGAUGGACCUGGCCAACAACGGAGGGGUAAAGGGCAAGCUUCCUACCAGUGUCCUGUAUGGAGAGGAGGGGGCAGCACAGAAGAAAAAUGGCAAGAAGGAAGGGGGAGCGGAAGGCAGCGACGAUGAAGAGGAGGAGGAAGAGGAAGGUGCUGGUGGAGAGGAUGAAGAGGGCGGCGGGGCUGAUGAGGUGGAGGACCUGAUUGAGAGCAACUGGAACAUCAUGCAGUAUCUCCCCCAGACCGCAUCCUGUCAGAACUAUUUCCUCACCAUCGUCUCAGCCUACAUCGCGGCUGUCUAUCACAGCAUGCGGGAGGAGCUACGGCGGAAUACACCUGGAGCCACGCCCAUUAAGAGGCGGGGCGGGACUCAGGCUUCCCAGCAGCCUCAAGGAGACGGCCACGCCCUCCCCGGGAUGAUCACCUUCUCCCAGGAGUACGUGUCGAGCGAGCUGACCCAGAACAUCUUCACCAUCACGCAGAAGAUCCAGAAGAAGGUGACGGGCACCAGGAGCGUCACCCAGCCCUCCGAGAUGUUCCCCGUCCUGCCGGGGUCCCACCUGCCCCUCAACAACCCCGCGCUGGAGUUCGUCAAAUACGUCUGCCAGGUCCUGUCCCUGGACUCCAACAUCAUGAACCAGGUGAACAAGCUGAAGCGGGACCUGCUGAGGCUGGUGGACGUGGGCGAGUUCUCGGAGGACGCCGCGUUCCGCGACCCCUGCAACUCCUACGUGCUCCCGGAGGUCAUCUGCCGCCUCUGCAACUUCUGCCGAGACCUGGACCUCUGCAAGGACCCCUCCGUGGCACAGGACGGCUCGGUUCUGCCCCAGUGGUUCUGCUCUAACUGCCAGGCCCAGUACGAGACCGAGGGCAUCGAGAUGGCCCUGGUGGAGGCCCUGCAGAAGAAGCUCAUGACCUACACCCUGCAGGACCUGGUGUGUGUCAAGUGCAGCGGGGUGAAGGAGGCCAACAUGCCCGUCUACUGCAGCUGUGCGGGAGACUUCACCCUGACCUUCUCCACCAAGAGCUUCUCGGAGCAGAUCGGAGUGUUCCGGAACAUCGCCGCCCACUACAACAUGGGCUUCCUGCAGGAGACCAUCGAUUGGCUGGUGCAGAUGACCCCGUCGCUGGGCGGAACGGCGGGAAGGCCGUAGGGUGACCCCCCCCCCCCCCCAGUGCCGGGAGGACUAGCGGCCACCUUGGGUACGGUGGCUCAAUGCGCCCACCUGCCCAUACUGACUCUGAGCUGCAGGGUCCUUGCGCUCCAAUGGCAGCCCACAGUGGGCUGUAGGCCAGGUCAAUGAGACCCCCCGUCUGAACAGUGAUCCAAAAUGGCUUCCGCUCUCCGUUCAAAUAAAUAAAUAAAUAAAUAAAUAGUUACAUAUUUAAUGCGGAUUGCCAAUUGGUUCAGCCCGGGUUGGGUUAUCUUGAGGCCGUUUUGUGUUCCUGUGUUCUGAGGGUUCUGUCGAAGCUGAAUUUUAAACGUGUAAAUUCAUUUGUAAAUGAGAGAGUGCGCAGGCAGUCUUAACGAGGGUCAGGCCAGUGGGGGAGCAUGGGGCACUGUGCCAAGGCACACGGUCCUGCGUUUUGUUCCAUAAAUGAAGGGACAGAGAGUGUGCAAGCUUCCCUUUAAGCCAGUUUAAUUCUGUCCCGGGCACAUGUGGUCUUCCACAUUAGUAAUAUGUAGUCAUUUCCAUUCAGCUGGGUGGAAAUGCAUCAGGAGAUCAUGGUACGUCACUCAGUAAACAUGGUAACAAUGGCCUGUUUUGUUUGUAUUUUAGUUUGUAAUAAAAUCACCAAUAAAUAUAUUUGUACAUACAGA